UUGAAGCUUUGGGUUGCUGUAAGUUUAUUUCUCUCGCGAGAGUUGCGUUUGGCAACGGUGAGUGACGUAUCAGGAAGUUUACAUACCGACAAGAAACAUGAGGUCAUGUAUGAAUCUCUGUGAACACAUUGAAUUCGGCUUUUGAAAUGUCUUCUAUUUUAAUCAAUGCCCUUUUAUCAAGUUGCCAUGAUCCGGAUACUUUGUUUAACACGUUGUGCUGGCCAACUGACUCGUGGCCGGACACAGAAAGAGUAGAGGCACUGACAACGUUUAUUGAUGGAAUUGGUAAACUACCCCAGUCUGACACAUCUGACGAUGGCGACAAAGUUGCCUUUUCAAUUGCAAAAAGAGACAUCUUUCUACGAAAAGUUGAAUCGAUAAUUUGGACACAAUGUUUACCACUUCUCUUGAAAGUCUCUAACGGAGACGGGGCGUGCAGAGGUAAACGUGUGCCAGAUGGAAGGGCUGAAAUCACCAUCGCUGUGUGCAGGCUUCUUUCUGUCUGCAUCAACACACUGUGUGACACGGCAGUUUCGGGGCGAGUCGCCCGCGCUGUCCUGCCAUCCUUCCAGCUGCCAGACGGGGAGACAGAGGAAGAGCUUCCCGGCCAGGGUGAGGGGCGGCUGGGUAUCGACGUGGCUAUCGAAGCCAUGUCAGUCAUCCUACCCGCUCUCUCAUCCAACGAAGAAUUGACCACGUCGAUCCUCUCAUCUGCUCUGUCCUGUAUCAAGACGUUACCGGAUGCUCUGGUCUCCAAAAUCACCGUUCGGCUUAUUUUCACUCUCCUCAACUGCUACAGCGAGGAUGGGAUAGCGAGUAAACUCCGGUUCAUUUUAGAGGAUUUGUGUAACUGGCACAAGAGUGACAGCCCAAACACGGACUCACCUGUGGUGACAGAACGCGCCUUGCUGUGUUUAACAACUCUCUCGGACUAUCUCUUCUCUCCGGCUAAACUACAGCAACACACCCUUUCUCAAAGUCUGAGCUAUACUCGACCUGACCCUCGUCGUUCUCUGCAGUUCUGGAGGAUUCUACAAGAUGGACUGACGCACAAAGACAACGUGUCCCGGAAGCGGGCGUUGUACCUGCUGAAAAGGUGUGUCGCUCUGUCAGAGGAUGAGGCGGUUGAGUUUCCAAGCAGUUCAGUGUCAAGUGAAGAUAAUGAUGAGAUCAUAUUCAGAUGGGCCCCAGACAGAUGCAAGCUGCUCAGAGAGUUCUGGGAGGACUAUGCCUUGGUUAUGGAGACACUGGAGGAGAACCAGAUUCACGUGGUCCGCCCUGUGCUCAACAGGAUCCAUACGUUGAUCCAAACAGCAGCCAAUGAUAGUCAAGGCGUCAGUCUGUUCCACCCGUCAUGGCUGCUGGGAGUGUACCAGCGUAUGUUCCACAGUGAGAACAAGUCCGUCAUGAGAGAGGGAGUGGAUCACCUACUGGAACUCCAGGUGCUCCGACGCCCUGCCUUCGCCCUGGCCUUCUCACAGUUCAUUCUGGGUCCUUUCAUGGAUGUGAUGUCUGAAAGCUCCCUCUUUCACAGGACUGCAGGACAGAGUGUAGGAGAGUGUCCUGAGCUGGGAGUCAAGCUGCAGGUCUUCAUGGUCACGUUCUUCAGCAGCCUGCCACAGGAGAACAGAGGUCCUGUGUUGCUGCAGCUUGUCCAGCGGCUAGGUUCUCAACACUGGUGUGCUGUCCCCAUCCUCUUCCUCUCUCGGGCCCUGUCCCACCUUCCUCCCUGCCCUCUCCUGGGCCCCGACGGCCUGCAAGCUCUGAGGGAGGUGCUCCGCUGCACUAUGAUCACCCACCAGGUGCUACUGAGAGGAGCUGCCCAGUGUUUCCUGCUGAACAGUGCCCUCUCCCUGACAGAUGUGACCUUAGUGACAUUGGAUGAUGUGUUUAGUUUGCUGGUGCAUUUCAGAGCAGACGAGUCUCUACGUAGAGGAACACCGCUCUGGAAUCAGCUGUGUGACUGGCUGGCUGAUAGUGAAGGCAGCUUCAGGCCCUGUGUCAGAGAAUCAGCUGAUGGUACCAGUACCUCUCCAGAGAGGGAGACUGUGAGAGGCUACGUCCAACACCAGAUGGAGCUCUUCCUCAGAGUCCCGGCUAGCACAGACCAGACAGACAGUGUCCCAGACCCAGGAGAGGCGGAGCUGCUAGCCAAGGCCAUCCUACUGUGUGUUGACAUAGAGGGGAGGACUCAGAGGUCUGGAGGACAGCAGACUACUGGUGUCAGCGGUGGGAUGGACUCGCUCUUACGCCCUCUACUGGACACACUGAGCAGGCUCCACACUAAUGUCUACCUGCCGCUACGCAAGACAGACAAGAGCCUGCAGCUGCUGCUACGACUACUGCAGCUCACACCAGCCAGACACACCUCUGCUGCAGUACUGCAGCUCACACCAGCCAGACACACCCCUGCUGCAGUAGAGAAAGAACAAGAAGACAGUGUGACGGUCUCCAUGGAAACGCUGGUUCUGGGCGUGGUGGAGCCCAUUCAGGAGUUUAUCCUCCGAAGACUGAGUGGAGAACUACAGGAGCUAUGUGAUGUAGAGCGUGCUGAGCUCUACCUGUCAGUGCUGAAGGAGGCGGUGCUGAUGUACAGUGUGUUAGAGUGGAACCACUCCAAGGUACAGGAGGCCUAUUUCCCCAGACUCCUCAGAUACGUCCUGAGGACCCUAGAAGCUGACCAGAUCCCCUCUGUGGCGGGUCAGGUGUCCAGGGCGGUUGCCAUGGCGUCAUUGGCCAUGACCUGUGAGGUUGCAGCGUUGGGUGUGUUCAACCUCCAAUCAGAGACCACGAUUCUACUGGUCCAUCUGUCUAGCUACUUCUACUCCCCUGCUCCACCCCCAGCCCCUCCUCUCUCUCUGGUCAACUUCAACCAGACCCUACUGAAACCUCCAACUGCAGCUCAGUCAACAGAUGUUUCAGAGCAGGGUCCUCUCCUCAAGGACUGGGGCCGUAUGGCAGCUCAUUUCAUCCGGGACCAGUGGACGUGCCUGGGAUACGGGAGGAGAGUAGGACCACCCGGGCCCCUGGAGCUCCCCAGGGCGUCAGGGUCCCUCCAGGCUGCUAUAGAGGCUCUGUCUCUGCUUCCCAGUGGCCUGGUACUGCCUGUACUGGACUUCAUGGCCUCCAUGUUGCCACAGGUGGCACUGUCUGAGGAGGCCCUGUGUGUAGAGGCUGUGACUGUCUCCUGGAAGCUGGUGCUGGGACUGAGCAGUAACCCUCAUGACUUCUGGCCCACCCUGCAGGGCUUUGUGACCAUGGCCUUUCACCACAGCCUGCUGGAGUUAACAGAGGAGCAGGCACCUGGGCUCACUGUUACUCUACAACAGAUAGCCGUUGAGUUGAUGGAACUCUCCCAGGCCAAGACCGGUGUAUUCAACGUUCUGAUCCAACACUGCUGCCACACCUGGCUGCCCUCUGACCCAGGAAGUGAAGGCCAGAGCCAAUCAGAUGCCAUGUUCUCCAGUGCCCUACUGCACCUUGACAUCCUGGCUGAGGCAUGUGUGUAUGGACCUGUGUUCAGGAGGGAUCAGAGGCUGAUCCAGGAGGUUCAGGUCUAUGUGGAGAGGCUUGGAGAGGAGUGUGCUGCUAACACUGCAGUCCCCAGUGAUAACCGGGAUGACCAGUUCCCACGUGUGUGUGUCGUGGCGUUCCUCAGCCGCCUCCAGCCCUCCAAUCAGCUGCAUGAGAGACUGAUGGAAGAACUGGUUCUCUGCUUGCUGAAAAAGGAUGAGGCCAUAUCGAAGUCAAAACAGCGUUACUAUAGCAACUCCCUGCAGCAUCGUGUCAAGAACAGGGUGUGGCAGACACUACUGAUGCUGCUGCCCAAACUGAGAGGGAAGUUUGUAGGUACCGUUCUGGGUCGUGUGUUUGAGGCAGGUUUCGUCAGUAACCAGGCCUCAGUCAAGUACCUGAUAGAGUGGAAGAUGGUUCUAAUCCUAGUCCAGUAUCCUGAACACAUAGACCGACUCUGGGCCUGCUUCAGUGUGGAUCAAGAAAAGACCAAGACCAGUGUCUGUACCUUCCUGUCUGUGUUGGUCCACCUCAACAUCAUCAUGCCUCAACUCAAGGAGAAGGCAGUACAGUGGCGUAAGGCCCUUGAUGUUAUUCUCCAGUGGUGUUUCAGCCAUAACUUCAGUGUUCGUCUGUACGCCCUGCUGGCCCUGAAGAGGGUGUGGGGUCUGGAGGGGGCGAGGGCCGAGGCCGAGGAGGGGGCCGGGGGGGCGGAUGGGCUCGGGGGGCUGGCCACCGUCGUUAAGGCCUGUCUGCACCAGGCUGAGGCUAUGCAGAGUACUGGAAAUGCCAGUAAGAACUGGACCAGGAUUCAGGACCACUUCUUCUUUGGUGUCUUUCAUCCUGUUAGAGACUAUAGUGUGGAAACCAUAUUCUACACAUUCCCCAGCCUAUCAGAGGUGUUUGAGGACGAGUGGAUUCCGCCCUGGAAGUUUGAGAAGUUGGUGGACUUCUCCCAGAGUGCAUCUCUCCCGUUGAGGAACCCUGUCCCUGACCUAAGCCAGAUUCAGCCUGGAGACUGGAUCCAGCAGGAUAAAGGGGAUCAGGAUGGUGAGGAGCGCUGGGCCGAGGUCCAGAAGAAGAUGACCCCCUGGAGGUUGGGGAUCCAGGAACAGGAGCCAGAGCUGGGUCUGGUGCCCCAGCAGAGAGCAGCACGCCUGGGCAAGCUGCACAGUGCCCUCCUGGUGGUUGCCUCGCUCAUAGACAAGCCCACCAACCUGGGAGGUUAGUUAUUUAUUUUCUAUUU